CUUUAGAGCACAUAUUUGUAAUUCUGAAAAAGAGAAUAGAGAGAACAGGGAGGAAAUCAUAAAGAGCUGAAGACAACUUCAGAGGGUAGAAGGACCAAGGUUCCAUCCUGAAACAGCUCAUCUGACCUGCCUUGGGGAUGGCAGGAAACUCACCCCAGCCACCUCCCUGGGAAAUUGUCAGAUCCUGACACAGCGAGGAUCCUAAAAGCCUCCAGAGAGAGAACAGUUUCCACACAAAGAGGAAGAAUCAAAGUGGCCUCAAACUUCUCAAUACCAAAUGAGCUGGAAAGUAAUGGAGGGGCCCCUCUUGUUCAUCAAAGAACAGGACCUCAUUUCCAACCUGGAAUUCUAUACCCCGCCUAACUGUCAAUUGAGACUAAAGACGUGCAGAUGUUCAAGAGCUCAAAUCUACGUGUCAGGAAUCCCUCCUCAAGAUGCAAUAGGCCCGGCAGAUGUUUGAGGGAGAGAUGGCGAGCCUGGAAGCCCUCCAGACCACAGGCCUGGUGCGAGUACCUCGGCCCAUCAAGGUGAUUGACCUGCCUGGAGGUGGGGCUGCCUUUGUGAUGGAGCAUCUGAAGAUGAGGAGCUUAAGCAGUCAGGCAUCAAAACUCGGAGACCAGAUGGCGGACCUGCACCUUCACAACCAGAAGCUCAGGGAUAAGUCAAAGGAGGAGGAGAACACAGUGGGCUGGAGGGCUGAGGGGGCCGAGCCCCGGUAUGUGACCAAGUUUGGCUUCCACACGGUGACGUGCUGUGGCUUCAUCCCUCAGGUGAAUGAGUGGCAGGAAGACUGGCCCACCUUCUUUGCCCGGUACCGUCUCCAAGCGCAGCUGGACCUCAUUGAGAAGGACUACGCCGACCGAGAGGCACGAGAGCUCUGGUCACAGCUACAGGUGAAGAUCCCAGAUCUGUUUUGUGGUCUAGAGAUCGUCCCUGCCCUUCUUCAUGGGGAUCUCUGGUCAGGAAACGUGGCUGAGGACGACUCGGGGCCCGUUGUUUAUGACCCAGCUUCCUUCUAUGGACAUUCUGAGUUUGAACUGGCAAUUGCUUUGAUGUUUGGGGGGUUUCCCAGAUCCUUCUUCACUGCCUACCACCGGAAGAUCCCCAAGGCUCCAGGGUUCGACAAGCGACUGCUGCUGUACCAGCUCUUUAACUACCUAAACCACUGGAACCACUUUGGGCAGGGGUACAGGAGCCCAUCCCUGGGCACGAUGAGGAAGCUUCUCAAGUAGAAGCCAGGCUGCAUCCCUGCCUCCCUGCUUUGCAAAUAAGUAGGGGUGGCAACACCAGAGAUGGCUUCAGGGACUAAUAAAGUAGGAGGUUCAGGGAUGGAA